ACUUCACAAACCCUAGCCCUCUUCAUUCUCUCUCUCUUCUCUCUCUAUCUUCUCUCUCUGAAGAUGGCUUCACGAAGGAUUGUUUCCUCUCUGAUUCGAUCUUCACUUCGCCGCGGAUCUCAAUCCAACCCUUCCAUUGCCGCAUCGGCUUCCAGGCUCGCCUCCCGAAGCCGCGGCGGUGCAUCUCCCGCCGGAUAUAUCCUCAACCGCGUUGCCGAGUAUGCCACCUCGGCGGCGGCCGCCGCCGCUCCCUCACCACAGCCUCCCGCAAAGAAGGAAUCCGGUGGUGGAGGUAAGAUCACCGAUGAGUUCACUGGUAAGGGUGCGAUCGGUCAAGUGUGCCAGGUCAUCGGUGCCGUCGUCGAUGUGAGAUUCGAGGAGGGUUUGCCUCCCAUCCUGACUGCGCUCGAGGUGCUAGAUCACUCUUCCAGACUGGUGCUGGAGGUGGCUCAGCAUUUGGGUGAGGGCGUUGUCAGAACCAUUGCUAUGGAUGGUACUGAAGGUGUUGUCAGAGGGUGGCGCGUGCUUAACACCGGAUCCCCUAUCACCGUUCCUGUUGGCAGGGCAACCCUUGGACGUAUUAUCAAUGUCAUUGGAGAGCCUAUUGAUGAGAAGGGUGAUCUAAAAACUGAGCAUUACUUGCCCAUUCACAGAGAAGCUCCUGCUUUUGUUGAGCAAGCCACUGAGCAACAGAUUCUUGUCACAGGAAUCAAGGUUGUUGACCUGCUUGCACCAUACCAAAGAGGAGGAAAGAUUGGGUUGUUUGGUGGUGCUGGUGUGGGUAAAACUGUGCUCAUUAUGGAGCUCAUUAACAACGUUGCCAAGGCUCAUGGUGGUUUCUCUGUGUUUGCCGGUGUUGGAGAAAGAACCCGAGAGGGUAAUGACUUGUACAGAGAAAUGAUUGAGAGUGGUGUCAUCAAGCUAGGUGACAAGCAGAGUGAAAGCAAAUGCGCUCUUGUGUACGGUCAAAUGAAUGAGCCCCCGGGUGCUCGUGCCCGUGUUGGUCUUACUGGGCUUACUGUUGCUGAGCACUUCCGUGAUGCUGAAGGGCAAGAUGUGCUCCUCUUUGUUGACAACAUUUUCCGCUUUACCCAGGCUAACUCAGAGGUGUCUGCUUUGCUUGGACGUAUCCCAUCUGCUGUGGGUUACCAACCAACCUUGGCCACUGAUCUUGGAGGUCUUCAAGAGCGUAUUACAACCACCAAGAAGGGUUCAAUUACCUCUGUCCAAGCUAUUUAUGUGCCUGCUGAUGACUUGACAGAUCCUGCUCCUGCUACCACCUUUGCUCACUUGGAUGCUACAACAGUGUUAUCACGACAGAUCUCCGAGCUGGGUAUCUAUCCCGCUGUGGACCCCUUGGAUUCCACAUCUCGUAUGCUUUCCCCACUUAUCUUGGGUCAGGAUCACUACGAAACUGCUCGUGGUGUCCAGAAGGUUCUUCAAAACUACAAGAAUCUUCAAGAUAUUAUUGCUAUUUUGGGAAUGGACGAGCUCAGUGAAGAUGAUAAAUUGACUGUUGCCCGUGCCCGUAAGAUUCAAAGAUUCUUGAGCCAGCCUUUCCAUGUUGCAGAAGUAUUCACGGGUGCCCCAGGCAAAUAUGUUGAGUUGAAGGAGAGCAUUAACAGCUUCCAGGGUGUGUUGGAUGGCAAAUACGAUGACCUGCCAGAGCAGUCAUUUUACAUGGUUGGCGGUAUUGAAGAGGUCAUUGCAAAGGCAGAGAAGAUUGCUAAGGAAUCAGCGUCUUAGUCACACAUAUCCCUUUUUCUAAAUUGCCUAAAUUUUAAUAAUUAGGAACUUCUCAUUGGCGAUGCCAAACGACAGUUUUCCAUUUUUUUGAGUAUGAAAAGAUGUGUCAGGUUAUUCCUUCGUUCCAUUUUGAUGUUGUUGCCGAGUGUGGGAUGAACCAAGGCCUCAGGCCAACUGCGCCCCCUUUCUUUUCACUUGUGUCAUUUAAAUAAGGGGAAGAGGCAAGAGGUGUACAUUUUUUACUUUUCCUGGUUUAGAACGAUGACGAAUGCAUCACUAUUUAAACUUUAAACUA